UUACGCUGCGACAUCGAACGCUUCAAGAGUUAACAAAUCGGAAACAAAUCGGCAUUUGCUUGUGGCCACAAAACAAAAACAAAACAAAAAAAGCAAACACCCAAGUAAGGAAUAUAAAGAAAAAGAAAUGCUUGAUUUGAUAAUGUUAAUAAAAAUGCCGGUACUGCAUAAAAAGGGCUCGGAGAAAGUCAACGACUGUGUUUAAGUGCUAUAUAAUUGUUUGCAAGUGUAAUUCGAAAGCCAACACAAAUUUGGCAUCAAGAAGGAGAGAAAAAAAAAAAAAACAAAACAACAGCGCCUUUUCUCACAAGGUGUGAGUGUGUGCCUCCUAAGCCAAGGAUCUGGUGUUGGUCGGCUGUACGUAUCUAAUUUGUGUGAAUAAAAUAUUGCCUUUAUAAAACCGCACAUAGACUCAUACGCGCACAAACCCAUAUACACACAUCGUACUUGCAUGAAAAGCCACUUCCACACGGUCAUUCAGUUUUAUUUAUGCUAUGAGUCAUGCCAAAUGGGAGUAUUUCGUGCUGUGUGCGGUUUCGAGAGUUGGUUCGAUGGUAAUUUAAACUCCCUACACCAAAACCUAUCGGCCUCUAACAAAGAGUUUUGAAAGGACCAUUAAAGAUUUUGUCGUGGCUUUCGCAAAGUGUCCAUCGAGUGUUACAGAUCAAAUAAAAACACAAACAAACAAACACCAAAUAGUGAUUGGGAUAAAAUUAAAAUUUGCAAAUUGGUUUUCUGAACUACUGAAAUCGGGCCAUAUUUGAAAAUAGCUGUCAUAUCGGCCGCUUUAUUUCCCUAUUUGGAUACAAUUUGGAAUGGAUCAUAUUUAUUGUAGAUAAAGCUGCCAUAGGCCGAUCUCACGCAAGUAGUCUUGGAUUUAUUAAGGGCUCACUUUUCAUUUAAUCUUGACGAAAUUAUAAACUGUUAUGAUUUAAAAUUCCCAUGCAACGGACAUUUCACCUUGGCGGGUUCAAACCAAAAAAAAAUGCAUAUAUUUAUAGUGCCUGUAGUAGGAGUACUUCUACUAACACAAUUGGAACGUGUUGGAGCAAAUUUGUCUCUCGACUUUAGAGUAACGAAGAUAUCUGCAAGUCCAGCCAACUGCAAUGUGGCCAAUACGACGUACGCCCAUGGAGAAACAUUUAAAUUGGACUGCAGGACCCAGUGCGUCUGUGAGAAUGGACGUCAUGCCUGCUCAUCCCUAUGUCCGAAAGAGCAGCUUCCGGCGCCGGAGGAUACAAUAUCAUGCAGAUCUCCACGCUUGGUGGAAGUGCCCGGUCAUUGCUGUAAAAUGUGGCUAUGUGAGAAUCCCACAGCCGAUGUCUAUGCCACAUGUCACAACUCCUCCAGCAGCCCGUGGACGCCAUGUAGCCAACCGUGUGGUCUUGGCAUCUCUACGCGAUUUACAGCGACCACUGCUGGAUGCAAUCAAUUGAUAAACCAACGUCUGUGCCAAAAUCGGAAGUGUGAAUUGAAAUCGCCCUGGGUCAAAAACAACGCCAGGAAUCCGACUACAGAUGACUUCGCAGUGACAAGUCAAAAUUACCUUAGGAACGGAGCUGAUGAUAUAGAAAAUAUAGAAAGGUACCACCACCACCACCAUCACCACAAUCACAAGAAGGACGGAAAUUUUCAACUGGGUCAGGAGCAGCAUAAACAUGGAAAUAAGAAGGGUCACGACUGCCGCCACUUGGAACGUUUAGGGCCAGCACGUAUACGGCUGGGGCAAUGCGUAUCAAGAAAACUUUACCGCCCCAAGGUGUGUGGACCAUGCCAUCAGCCGACAAAGUGUUGUUUGCCAUCAGUAUCAACAACAAUACAGGUGGAGCUUCUUUGUCCAUUAAACGCAGCCGAUCCGAUAAGCAUAGUGCAACAACAAGAACAGCAGCGGCACCACCAAGAGUUCUACAGCGCUUCUGCUCUAACAUCGCUAUGGGACACUCAAUCGUUAGAUGCCAUCGAUCAAGAAUAUUUCCAAUCCCAUCAAAUUCACAUACAAAACAAAUUUGUUGCCAUCGAAUGGAUAUUGAAGUGCGAAUGCUCGGAAAAUGAAAGCUGCCAAAGGAUUGUGAAACCUCAACGACGCGACCACCACCGCAGCGCCAUCAACAUCAGUCAUGAGGAUGUCGAAGGCGUUAUCGAUGAUGGUAACGAUGUUAAUGACGAUAACUACAGCAACAAUGUAAAUUAUAUAAACAACAACAAUGUUAAAACCAACAAUGACAACAAUUAUAACAACGGUGAUUACAACAACUACUAUAGCAAAAUGAAGCGAAACAAUUAUAAAGUCGAACAGCAGCCAAGGCAGAAGGAGUGGCAGACGCAUUUUGCCGAUAAAAUGCCAGAGCAAUUGAAUGCUGAUGUGGAUGAAGACACAAGCGAUGUUAUCAGCGAUGCUCGCUUUAUGGACGAGGAAAGGGAAAACUGGCCAACCUCAUCAUUAUCCUCACCACCAUCGAUGUCCGCAAACUCGGAUGAAAGUCAACCCGAUAUUAUCCCAUAUCCACCUCCGCCAUUCACAACCAAUAAACAAACAAAUAUCAAUAACAGCAACAAACAGAUGGAUAGUGGCAGCAUGGACAGCAAAAAAUAUAACGACCCACUGGUUCAGACUGCCAAGAGUCGUGACGAGGAGACAUACCGCAAUGAACGACAACGGGAGCAGGAGAAAUAUUUCUACGAACAAUGGUUGCGGCAACAGCAGCAACAAAAGAGGCAACAGUCUUUGAUGGAUCAACUUUUGGGGACAUAGCAUCAACGCCCCGAUGGACCAUUAAAAAAAGCCAUGCAACCAAACCGCACUCUAAAAAGUUGGCAGCAGAAUGAGAAUCCAACCUCCCCAACACAAUCGCACCAGGAACCACAUCAACCUCAAAUCCAACACCAUCAACACUACCAUCACAAUGUACACAGGCAACGACAACAUUGAAGCAUCUAAGGAUACGGACAGAUUGUAGUUAAGAAACUGUCAUAAAAUUAAUCCUGGUCACAUGCGCAAAUUGGCGGCAAAGUGGGCACCACAUUGUUUGCGCAAACGCACAAUUAAUGCCUCAAAAUUCACAAACACACGCACACACAAAAACGCAUUUACACAUCCACCCACUUACACCUGGAUACAUAUCACAAAAUCUCGAAAAUGGAAAUUAGCACCAACACAAAAUUCGAAUGGAGCCACCAACACAAACGCAAUGCUAUCUUCACACGACAAGCAUAUGCGCCAGGGAUAUCAGAGAAACGCCCAUGGUAAAACUCCAAACGCCAAGGGAAAUUUGAAAUAAACUGAUAAAAGUAACAGAAUCAAGGUCUUAAAGUGUAGCCUCUUUUCAUGAUAACUUGCAAAAAGAAAAUCAAAUUUACGAAUCGUACUGAAAUUCUGUGACUAAAGGCUGGAACUACGUUCGUUUUUCACAGCUGAAAACACAUGUUUUACGCGAUUACUCUUUUGAAACACUACAAAAAUCUCAAUGAUAACAUAAUUCUUUUUUUAAAUUCUUUGAUGUGUUAUGGGGGAAAGUCUUACUGAAUGCAAUCCAGUUAUUUGAAAAAUGUAAUUACGAAAAAAUUUCGGGAAAAGCGAACAAGUACCAACCAUUAUAACGAACAUGUUUUAGAUUAAUUGUUCGACAAAAAAUCGUUUGCGCUAACGAUUAUGCUAUUCAGUCAUUCCUCGUUGACAGAAAUCGUUAUCAUUUUUUGCUUGGCAACUCUACCAAAAAAGAACGAAAAGCACUAAGAGUGAUCGAAUAAUAACUUUUCAUUUUUAAUGAAAAACACCAAAUAUUUAAAUAAAAUGUUCACAAUUAUUGAGGAAGAGCGUUGUCAAUACCAAUUUAUUCGUAUUAAACUUUUGCGGACAUUUUUUUUUUGUAAAUUACGAAAAGCACAUUACCACCAUUAUAAAUUGAUUGUGCAUACGUAUCCGAAAUGUUUUAAGAAAACCCAGAGAAAAAUACUCUAAAGCCUCUGCAAAUAAUGAUUUUUGUUCUCGUCGUUAAAGUAAACACCAAAUUAUUGUCCGUCAUUCAGUUGAAAAAUUUCUAUUCGUUAACGAAAACAGCUGGUUUAAGUGAUGUCGAUUUCCUACCGAAUACCAAAUUCGUUUUCUUUUCUGUUUUUGCUUCUUUACUAAACGAUUUUCGUAAAAACAGUUUGGAGAAUUCCACUACUGGUUUCCGUAGAGCCUCCUGACUGAUAGACAGAAUUAGUCAAUUUAAAGGUAUUUCCAGUGACUGAUUAUUUCAAAAAAUAAAAACCUCAAUUCUUUUCUUUUAAUUUGCCAUCAAAAAUGCUCCUACUAUAUAUGUUAAUAAGGACAUUUCUGUGUUCAACCGUGAGUAAGUUUUGGGUAAAGUUUUACUCAUUGCUCGAAUGUUAUGGAAAAUAUCCGGUAUUUUGCUCAUGAGCAUUGACAAAAAUUCCUUUUGAAAAAUCCUGUUUAUUUUUCCUCCCAUCAUCAUGAAUAAAGCUGUCAUAUAGAGCGAUCUGCCAAUUUAAGGUCUUAAGCCCAUAAAGCCGCAUUAAUUGUCCGAAUUUGCUGAAAUUUGGAACAGUGAACUGAGCCGAUAUCCGACCCGAAUAUGGUCCAUAUCUUGCCUCUUGCCAUAAAGCUGCCGUAUAGCCUGAUGCGCCGAUUGAGGGUCUAAGGCCCACAUUUAUUACCCGAUUCAUCUUGACUGAACCGUUGAAGGGAGCGGACAUUUUUUUAUUUUACUCCGCAAGAAUAUUCUGUAACUCGUAACAGGUAGUUAUUUUUGAUUUGAGAUUCCAUUGCAGGAUAUUGUGCGGCUCUAGACGAUUUUGUCUAAUGCCUUUCUAUUCAAAGAAUUGCAUAGCAAACAACAUUUAAAAGUCAGCAAAAGUUUGUUAUUUUCGAAAAAAAAUUGAAGUCACCCAAGGACAAUACAAUAGUGGUAUCCUCUAAGCGGUCUGCGUCUGUUUCUAGUGGAGCGGCAGAUUUAGUGCCACAGAGUAGGCUUAGAAUGGGCUCCAAAGACCCAAAAGCUGCGAUGGUGGUGAUCAGACCGUAGCAUGAUGUCUGCUACAGAGACCUCGACUCGUGGAGCGGCUGCGCCAAGCUCCACUAGCCAACAGAUGACUGGUCUACAGGGGCUUUCGACGUAGACACCUGGUUUGAGUCUUGAGUUGCGCCCUAAAAAAGAUUGGUAAGAUCUGGCCAGGUGCAGCACUGGAUUUAGUCAAGAAGGAAGAUAUUCCUUCUCGACCAAUGGCGCACGCAUGGAUACUAAGAUUCCCUCAGAUUCUGAACAGUGUUGCCACUCAAGAAAAUUACUUCCUAGCACAAUUUAAGAAUAAUCCUGCAAAACCCGACCAAAACCUACCAAACGUUCUACAAGCCAAAAAUGCGGUAUAUGUUUCUAUACACACCACAGAAGAAUUUCAAAUAUACAAAGUAUAAAUACUAGAUCGUCGUUUGAUGAAAUCACUCUAUUGCCUAAAGUUCAAAGAUGACCUAUAGCUUGGUAUAGCACCAUUUUACCGAUCUCCCGAUAAGAAAUCUUGAGUUCAUAAAAGUCGUAUAUACUUUUGUCCCAAUUUCAAUGAACAAUUGUGCUGAGUUUGUAUAAACCGAUCUCCCUAUUUUAGGGGUUUUCCAAGAAAUACGCUUCUACUAGCAAUUUUCGCCGUUGCCGUAAGUUGCAUAUAUAUUUCAAUAUUUGAUUAUGUACCUGAACUUACCAUUUUUGAAUGCAGCUGCCAUAUGGCCCUACUUUCCGAUUGAAGGCAUUAAACAGGUGAAUUUUGGACGCACAAAAGCCGCAUUUCUAACCCUAAAUUUGGGAGAGAUUCCUUAACACUUACUCUAGUUACUUUCAAUAUCAGAACUUACGCCCUUUUUCUAAAAUUUAAAGCAGUGAGACACCAUGUAUCAAAAUCCAUGUUUUUAUUCUGCACUCUUAAUGAAUACACACAUAGAUAAAAAAAAAUAAAAAACCAACAACUUUUGUCGAAAAAACGACAACGAAAUUGUCACUCUUAAUGAAUACACACAUAGAUAAAAAAAAAAUAAAAAAACAACAACUUUUGUCGAAAAAACGACAACGAAAUUUGUUAAUUUUCCUGCAACAAUUUAUUUUGAAUCUCAACGACCCAAAGUACAAAAAAAAAGUAAUUAAAAAAAACAUUUUAACCGCCACCACAUGUGCUUUGUUGCACAGCUAUGGUGUUUUAUUUUUUUUUUGUGUCGCGCUGCUUGCUUAGUUCGUUUACUGCUUUGCUCGAUUUUAAAAAAAGUAAAAACCACUUUUAAAAAGUUUUGUUGAUUAAUGGCAUGAGAAAAACUACAAUUAUUUUGUCUGUCAAGCCUCUACAAACCUACUUCAACUAGUAGUCCUCAAUUCAAUGCCUAAGUUCGUUGAGAAUUUAAAGUUUCACAGACAAAUUCGGUAGUUGUUUUUCUCUUAGAGUAGUUUUUUUCUGUGCAGAAUCGACAAGAAGUGAAAUAAUUUUGAGUUGUGCGUGGCAAUUUUUUCGGUAAUUAUCAUGGUAUUUCUUUGUUAGAAAAUCCUACCAAAAAUUGAGGGCAACCUACCAAAAGAAUAAAAACCUAUCAAUUUUGGUAGGAACCUACCAAAAACGGCAACACUGAUCCUGAAUCUAUCAUGGGAGACUAAAGGACUGUUAUCCCAAUCUUUCAACCACCGACUGGAAGAUCGGUAGAUGAGGCUGACGGCGAUCGGAGACAUGCAGUAUUCGUACUAAACUCCGGCUGUCUCGCAGACCUCAACAAUUCUGAAGGAGUUCUAUCCUACGGACUCAAUAUAGUAAAGGUGUAUAGAGACGGUGGGGUUUGGAAAUUUAAGAGACGACUCAGCAGUUGUUGCUGGGCACUUGUCUGAACAACUAUUGACCACAUCUCAAAAGUCUGAAGGUUUGCAGGAGACUGGAAGUUGCCCAGGCACGAUCGGAAGAGGGGGAAGUCGUCGAAACGGUCCUCUUGGAUUGGGCUCAAUGUUUGCGCCUACAGGGAUGGACGAAAAAGGUACUUCGACAGCAGCAGCUAGAGAAGUAUCUUAGCAGAAAUCGUCCACAACGCAUGUCUCCAGUGUCUUGAGGAAGAGUAGUUCCACAGCUUUCUCAACUGCCCCUUGAUGAGUAAGGAAACCAUCAUGAGAAGAUCACACGAAUCUUGUGAGGAUGAACUCCUGGCGGACUCUGACGACGAGGCUAACGCAACAAUAGUGUUAAAUCUGAAUCCUGAGUCCCGUUUUCUGCAGAACAAACUUAAAUAUUGUAAGGCCAAUUCGGCGGCACUAAAGGUCCUUCUUUGAUGAUGUUCUUAUCCAGGAAUCUUUGGUGUUUACAGUAAUGGUUUUUGAACUAAGAGAAUGGCGUGCUACGUUCGGCCAGGAUCGCACUUGUCAAUUUCUUUGCUCGGUAUUUCUUUAUAGUCAAACAAAGGAUAAUGAAUAAGAAUUGCUAUGCUAUUAGAGCUUAAGCAGGUUAUGGACCAAAUCGGAUUGUACUUGGUUUUGAUGUUGGAGACCAUAGCUGCAAAAAUUUCAGCUAAAUCGGAAAAGAAUUGCGCCCUCUAGUGACUCAAGAAUUAAGAUCCAAAAUCGGUUAAUAUGGCAGCUUUAUCAGGUUAUUAUAUCAAAACACUUAAUGCAAAAUUUCAGUCAAAUCGGAUAAGAAUUGCGCCCUCUAGAGGCUCAAGAAUUCAAGAUCCAAGAUCGGUUUAUAUGGCAACAAUAUCAGGUUAUGGACCGAUAUGGCCCAUUUAUUUACAACCAACCUACACUAAUAAGAAAUAUUUGUGCAAAAUUUUAAGCGCCUAGCUUUACUCCCUCGAAAGUAAGCGUGCUUUCGACAGACGGACAGACAAGACUAGAUCGAUGACGAUUUAGAAUAUAUAUACUUUAUAGGGUCGUAGACGAAUAUUUCAAGGUGUUACAAACGGAAUGACGAAAUAAGUAUACCUCCAUCCUAUGGUGGAGGGUAUGAAAUAAAAAUAAUUUAAAGUUUAAAGCAUGAAGAGUUUUGUUAUCACUUCCAACAACUGUGCUAAGUAUGGGUUAAAUCAGUUCAUAACCUGAUAAAGCUGCAUACAAACCAUAAUCGACCAUGUUUUUUAACACUGAAAAAUCGAAAACAAACGUACCACCACUGUGGUACAGGGUAUUAUAGAUUCAUACAUUUGUUUGCAACGCUAAGAAGGAAAAGAGCUAGACCCAUCGAUAAGUAUACGGAUCAGCUUAGAAUCACUUCCUGAUUCGAUUUGCUAUGUCUGUCUGUAUGUCCAUGUAUUCUUGUAAUCAAGGCAUAGGUCGCAUUUGUUGUUUCUUUUUUGGUCCAAGGACGAACGCUAUUGACUUUGACAAAAAUCGGUCCAGAUUUAGAUAUGCAAAUUUUGCCUACGAACAUUCCGUUUUGCAACAGGUGCAACCUUCUCACACAUCAAUGAGUGCAGUUCGAUUCAAGUUUAAAACUCAAUGACAAGGGGCCUCCUUUUUAUAGCCGAGUCCGAACGGCGUGCCGCAGUGCGAAACAUCUUUGGAUAGAAGUUUUACAUGGCAUAGUAUCUCACAAAUGUUGCCAGCAUUAGGAGGGGAAAACCACUGCCGAAAAUUAUUUUCUAAUGGUCUCGCCAGGAUUCAAACCCAUGCAUUCAGCGUCAUAGGCGGACUUGCUAACCUCUGCGCUACGGUGGCCUAACUACCUACAGAUUUAGAUAAAGCUGUAGAAGCCUCAAUUUUGCUACGAUCCUGACAAAAUUUGGCACAAAGUGUUUUUUUUUAGCCUUCCAAUAUGUGCGCAAAAUUUCAUCUAAAUCGGUUUAGAUUUAGAUAUAGCUCCCAUAUAUAACUUUUAUCUGCUUUGACCUAUUAAGGCUGUAGAAGGCAGAAUUUUGGUCCGAUCUUUAUCAAAUUUGGUACGAAGUGUUUUUUGUGACGUCCCAAUAUGUGUGCAAAAUUUCAUCAGAAUCGGAUCAGAUUCAUAUAUAGCUCCCAUAUAUAUCUUUCAUCUUUUAAGGCUGUAGAAGGCACAAAUUUGGUCCGAUCUUUACCACAUUCGGCACGAAAUGCUUUUUUUGACGUCCUAGCACGUGUGAGAUAUAGUAGCCACAAUUUUGGUUCCAUCCUAUUUGACACCGCACUACAUGGAAAAAAUUUUAAUCGAAUCAGCCUAAGAUAAAACUCCCAUAUAUAUCCUUUAUGCUUUUCGACUUUUAAGGCUGUUGAAGCCACAAGAAACUUUUAACCCAAUGGCAACAACAAAUACCGCAUGGAAUGACACACAUAUAUGAUUGACAAAAUCUGCCAAUUGAACACAAGGCUACAUUGCUUCACAGUUAAUGUAAGAAAAAAGACUUGAAAUUCGGCUAAUUAAACACAUUUCACAAUUACGCUAUACAAAAACUCACCUUAAAAUAAGAGGAACAAAACAAAUACCCUACCUUAGGUCAUAUCACCCAAUGCUUUGCAUAACUGAAAUAUAAGCAGAUGUUUAUAGCCAUUUGAUUUUCAAACGUUUCAAGAUAUCCCUGGCAUACGAGCAGUUAUUUGUAAAUAAGAGUUGUAAAAAAUAAAUGUAGUCCCAAAUGAGAAACGAUGGUUAAUUUAAGAUGGAAGAAAUACAUAUGAUUAGAACUUACAUAUGCAUACAUAUCGUCGACUGAAAUGCAAAACGGCGUACGAACAAGGCCAGAAAUUGUAUGAUACAAUUCAAAAUCAGUCCGGCACUGACAUAGAGCAAGCUGCAUAUCUUGAUUUGAAUUGAAUUUCUUUUGGAUUGCAACCUAGCAUAAAACGUCUUCAGUGCAUUGAUGCCUGAAACUGAGUUGCAAAUACCUUGUCCUGAACGUUGAAAGACAUUGAAAACAAAUUUUAACGUCAUUCUCUUGUCAUGUCAUUGCCGAUCCAUCAAUUGUUGCGCCCUUUGUCAUUUCGAUGACGAAAUGCAUGAAUUUAAUAUUAGCGUUGUUUUUAAGUAUUUAUUUGAAUUUUGAUUUCUUUCCUCUAAAGAAAUGUCUACAACUUAAGCACUCAAUCACACAAUACCCCUACUUUGUUGUACAUACAUACAUACAUAUAUAAAUACGUAUUUAGCAGUUAUCCUUGUAAUAUAAGUGUUCUCAAGUUUGAUGAAAAUUACAUAUCUGAUAAUCUUCAAAAUGUCCUUUAUUCACAAAUUCACCUAGUUGCAAAAUAAAGUGAACCGUAAAUACAUCUAUAAUAAACAAAAACAAA